AUGCUUAAGCUAGCUAACCCCGGAACUAUCGCUGAUCUGGAAACCGAAGUUGAUGAUGAUGGUGAUGAGUGUUUCAUGUAUUUGUUUUUGGCUUUUGGUGCUUUAGUGGAAGGGUUCAAAAAGCUGCGCCAUGUAUUGGUCAUAGAUGGGACACAUCUUAGUGGAAAAUAUAAGGGUGUUUUGCUAACGGCCAGUGGACAAGAUGCUAACUUUCAGGUGUUUCCACUCGCCUUUGGCAUAGUGGAUGCAGAGAAUAAAGAUGCUUGGACCUGCAAAGGAUUGGCGAAGCUUGUGACUAAGGCUGCCACUGCAUACAGGUUAGCAGACUACAAAGACUAUUUCAACAAAAUAAAAGCGAGUAACAGUGCAUGUAUUAUAUACCUAGCAAACAUUGGCGCUCGCCAGUGGUCUAGAGUGCAUUAUGUUGGUGAAAGGUAUAAUAUAAUGACCAGCAAUAUUGCUGAGCAACUCAACAAUGCCCUAGCUGAGGGUAGGGGAUCGUCAAUCAUCGAGCUGCUAGUAUUUAUUCAGCGUAUGAUGACCAGGUGGUUCAACGCCCAUAGGAAUAAGGCGGAGCGUCACCACGGCGCAUUGACAGUUGAGGUUGACAAAGUGAUAACCAAAGCUAUGUCUACCAUGCGAGGAACUGCGGUGAACCCUAUCUCUAAUUGGACCUGCGUGGUGGUUGAGAAGUUUGGAUCGAAGCACCACGUUCUACUAGAUGAGAAGAAGUGUACGUGUAAGUAUUUUGACAGGAUCAAAAUCCCCUGUGGUCAUGCCAUGCUUGCAGCCGACAGACUAGGGAUCCCCUACGAGACGUUGGUUGGACACUGGUACAAGACUGGGGCUUGGAGAGACACGUAUGCAGGCUUAUUCUGUCUAGAGGAGAGGCCACAUGAUGCUGAGAUUCCUUUUGAGAUCAGGGACCAAGUCUUAUACCCUCCCAUAACUAAACGCCUGGCUGGGAGACGUAGGAAGUCGUGA